CGGCGGGUGUCCCCCGCAAAGGCGUCCGGGCGCUGCCGGAAGGGGAGAAGAGGCCGGGCGGGCCGUGGCGAGGGCUGGGUCUGGGAGGGCUGGAGGCUCGCGCCGGGGCCGGGGAUAGCUGCAGCCCCCGACCUGGGAGAUGUCGGACUCGGACAUCGAGGGCCCCGCGGGCGAGGAGGCCGCCGCCAGGGUUCGAGACCCGGCGGAAGAGCGCAGGGCGGCGGCCGAGGUGCUGCGGCAGCUGCGGCCCGAGCAAGACGUGCGGCGCCUGGCGGUGCUCGUGGACCCAGCCAUUCUGGAAGAUGCCGGUGCCGACAUCCUGAUGGAGGCUCUGGACGCCCUGAGCUGUGAGUACCGCGUGGAGCCCGAACGCCCUGCAUGGAGCCUCAGGUGGAGCAGAGUGAAGCCAGACCCUUGCUCCCUCAGUGUGCCUCCUGAGGUGUGGGCUGCGGAUGAGCAGGACUGGCUGCUGCUGCUGGAGCCUGAGGAGUUUCUGCAGGGCGUUGUCCAGCUGACCCAGGCCCUGGUGCUUCUGCAGCUCUGGGCAAACAUGGAUGUGCUGUUGGUGGCCUCCUGGCAGGAGCUGAGUCAGCAUGUGUGUGCCUUCACCAAGGCCCUCACCCAGCGUCCCUUCAAGCAGUCCCGGGAGUCUGGGGCCUUUUCCUUCUGCACCACCGCGUGCUGGGCAGCAGCCGAGAAGAGUGGCAAGAGAUGGCACCGGCCUGCGGGGGCCUGGUGGCAGCAGAUCAGGCAGUUCAACUGUGUCAGCCCGGCUGUGGCCAAUGCUGUUGUUGCUGCCUUCCCUUCCCCCUGCCUUCUGCAACAGGUGUGCGUGGCCUGUGGCAUGGAGCAGGGGCGCCUAGCCCUCCUGGCUGACCUCCCUGUGAGGAUGGGCAAGGGUGUGCGGCCCCAUAGGUUGGGACCUGACUUCUCCCGCUGCAUCUGCCUCUUCCUGACGACCACCAUCCCUGACCUCCCGCUGGACCUGGGCUCCUGACCACGCCUGUGGUACCCGACGGGCCCUUCUCCCACCUACCGGCAGGACUGAAUGCAGCCCGCCCAGGGAACAGACUAGAAACCACGAGCGGUGGUGUGCGGGAGCAAGACACCCAGUAUGACCUGCAUCGGGG